AUGGAUUCGUUUGAAGAUAACAAUUGGGAUUUAAUCGAUUACAGUAGCUUCAUCGACGACGUCGCACCCGCCGAUCUCUACUGGACCAAUCAAAGAGCUAAUGUGCAAAUCAAUGCAUCGCUAAUUGCUGGUACAUCACAAGAGAAAGAAUGUGUCAGGGAAGAAUGCCCACGAAAGAGGUUCUCAGAGUUGUGCUCUAUUUUGGAACCUGGGAAACCUGCUAAAAUUGACAAACUGGCCAUACUUGGUGAUGCCAUGCGAGUUUUGAACCAGUUAAGAACUGAAUCUCAGGAUUACAAAGAGACGAAUGAAAUGCUGUUGGAAGAGAUGAAAACUUUAAAGGCGGAGAAGAAUGAACUUCGUGCAGAGAAACUUAUACUGAAGGCAGACAAAAAAAGAAUGGAGCAGCAGUUGGAGGCCAUGACUAUUCCACCUGCUGGGUUUAUGCCAGCCCACCAAGCAACGUAUCAUACUGGUACAAACAAGAUUUCAGUUUUUCCUGGCUAUAGUUUCGCUCCAAUGUGGCAGUAUCUACCUCCAAGUGCCUGUGAUACAUCUCAAGAUCAUGAGCUCAGACCGCCUGCUGCUUAGUAAUUUUGACAAGAGUACGUACUUGCACCAUUUUCAGAUGUUUUAUCCUGCAAGUUAUGAAUGUGACCCUCUUUUAAUUGUAAAUAGAAAUGCUAUUCCAAUUCACCUUUAUCCUGGAGCCCAGUUUCUCUUGUUUUUUAUGAUUCAAGUAGUGCCCUAUGUACAGCAAUAGGCAAGAAAUCAAGUUGGAUGCAAUUUAUUUGCUUCAAUAAUUUUAUUUGUUUUCAAGUUGUCUUCCAUUUCUAGGAUUUUAGUUGCAUUUUAUGAAUUUUCUAUAUCGGGAACUUUUUAAUGGUUGUGUCACAGGCUUUGGUGUUCAUGGAUUGAACUGAUGAGG